AUGCCCAAGACGCAAGGCAAACGUUGGCGGUUCGUAUCGGUCUGUUCCAAUUGUAAGCUCCGAAAGACAAAAUGUGAUAGAGGAAAUCCAUGUUUGGCAUGCAAAAAAAAAAGUAUACAAGAAACAUGUAAAUAUACAGAUGACAUUCCAGUAUCUAAACCUUACGUCAUAAGCGCAAAUAAGCCGAUGAAUAUGUUAAUUAAGGGCAAGGAGAAGAUCAAUGAUGUAGUUCCUCACUACAGGGAUGCAGAAGAGCAUGUAAAUGGUAGCAGGAAAUCCUCUUCCAAUAGCAAAGAAAUGGAAAAUCCAAAUGUUCGACAGGUUGAUCUCCCUCCCAAAGAUCUAGCUUUAAAAAGGUUUGACGCGAUGGCUGAAAAUGAAGCUAGCAAAAAUCGUUGCAAUACUGAUAAUAUUGUUGAUACAAGAGCUGGAACUGAAGUGAUGAGUGAAAAUACAGUAGGGCGCAGGACUUCUAAAGCGUACUUAUUGAAACGAGAUCUGAGGAGUGUUAACAAAUUUCGUAGGACUCGAGGAAGGUCAGACUAUGAAUCAUUUGUGGGGUUGAAUCCAUUUUCCCUGGAAAAAGAUCUUAUAAUAUUUUAUCCUGAUACCAGAAGAAAGCUCAAGGGUGUAAACUCCGAUUCAUCUGGUCCCUUGUCGUGGACAUCAACCAUACGAAAAGACUUUGCUUUAAGUAUUUUAUGGAAUGAGUAUGUUCACCGCUUAGAGCCGAAUCAUGAUAGAGAGACGGUCGUUGAAGAGGAUACUUCUGCUUAUUGUAAAUACAAGUCGUCCAUGGCCAUAUUAUCGCAUCAAAAGAGUGAUUUUGAAUACAAUCUAGACAAAUUAAAGAUUUUCAAAAGAGAGCUUAAUGAUGACCUUUUGGAUAUCAUUCCUCCUCGAGACGUGAUGUUGAUUUUAAUAGAAAGAUUCUUCACGUGGGUUUAUCCGUAUGUUCCCUUUCUUGAUGAAUACGUAUUUAAGUCUCAAAUAAACAGGAUCUUAAGUGAUGCCUCCAUAGAACUGAUCAACAUAUUCGCCUGGAGCGACUACGCAUACCUCGGAAUUUUACUUAUUGUGCUUAGGUUUUCAAGCUUGUCUUAUUUGUCUAACUCGCAGCCUGAUUCAAAUGUGUUCAAUGAAGAUGAUGACUCAACAAUCUAUUCCCCCAAAGUAGAUCGAUUCGAUUUGGGUCCAAGAUUGUUUGAUGUUUCGUUGAAGUGUAUGGUAAUAGCCAAUUAUAACAAAGGCGACGAUUUUCCUGUAUUUCUUCUCUCCUUGUUCAUAAAGCUCUAUUUCAAGUAUUCUCCUGAGGGUGUCGGUUUAAAUUUAGGAGAGGAGAGAGAUGUCAAGGAGAUAAAUAAGAUUCUCAUACAAAGAGCGCGUGCAGUAGGAUUGGACAAAAUUGGCCCUAUACCAUCAUCUUUUGAAGUCAAUUAUGACUACUUGAAAAGAAAAAUUUGGUGUUUUUUGAUUAUGGCUGAUCUUUCACAGAGUUACUCGUUUGGUUAUCUGACGCAAAUUCCAUUCUCAUGCUUCGAUACAGUGCCGAGCUUCACAAUCGACGAAUCCAAUUUAAUCAAUAAAGACCUUGAUCAAGAGGUGUCUAAUUUUUUCUUUCUUAGUUGCAACUUAUCCCCAUCUCUUCGUCCACUACUCCGAGCGAUUUCAAUGAGAGAUGGCUGCAAAGUGGGCGCAUUAUGUGGCAUGAUCAGCAACUUUGAGAAGCAAUUUAAUAAGGAAUUUGGAUCUUUGGAGAUUUGCUUAAAGGCGGAGGAUGCAGACAUAAGAUUGGAAACAUUUAAAAGGCAAUUCUCAGUUAAAUCUUACUUGGCAUUCAGUACUUUUUUGGUGUCCAUCUUUUUUCAUUUAUUUCUACAUUUUGAGAUAAGCGAGUACAAUUUGGCCUUUUUAUACCUUAAAAAAGCCUUACUAUUGAUAUCUGAACUCCAAGGGUCAUUGCCUACUCUUUUUCAUGAAAGUAAUUAUUCUUGCGACUUUAUUAUUAACACUACUAUUGAGAAGUUUACUCAUAGGGCCAAUCAAAUACUUUUAGCAGUGCUAUUCAGGAUUUCCAUCAUCAAAUACAAAUUUGAAGCUUCGCGGACUGAAGAGGACGAGGAAUCGGCUGAGUAUGUAUCAUUGUUAACUGAUAUUAAAGAAGUCCUUUUAAAGUGUAUAAAUAAUUCAAUUUCGAUCCUUUCAUGUUUAUCAAAAAAUUACGCCGAUACGAGGUGCUUAAUUAAAGUGAGCAGAGUGUUUUUGGACUCACUUUUGGAUCUGGAAGUAAUUAAAAGAAUCAGUAUUUACGUUUUUGACGAGAAGCCGAUACACAUGCAGCCCACUUAUUUUCAAUUGGCUGAUAUUCGUAGCAUUAUGGAGUGUUCUAAUGCGGAAAGUCAAGAGCUGGUAAAACAUCCAGAAAUCGAAAACUUUGAGCUAAACUUUUCAGAUCUCGAUUUUGAGCUAAACUUUACAGAUCUUGAUUUUGAUUUUCGAGAUAACAUCUUGGAUUUCAGUGAUUACUUCGCUGAACGUCUUGAUUGCGAGAAUAUACAAAUAUGA